GCACCCAUCCCGUUUGCGACUGCGCUACGUUUUACUUUCGGCUAUAUGAGGUGUUGGUAAGUCAUAUUAUUAGUUUGCCUGCAUUGUUCUGUUUCCGGCCGUUUCUUAUUAUCAAAUAGAAAUCCCUUUUGUUUCAAAUAAUACCGUAUCCUCCAGAGUGGCUGUAAUGUCUGUUGUUCCCUACUCCACUACAAUUAUCAUUCGGAGAAGUCUGUCAAGUAGGCCAAGGCAUGACACCAGACUGGAUAAAAAUCAUAGAUUUCUGGUUGACAGAAUUCUGCGAGUAGACCAUGCUGGUGAACUUGGAGCCGAUAGGAUUUAUGCAGGUCAAAUGGCAGUUCUCGGCAGAACAAGUGUUGGUCCUGUUAUUAAGGAGAUGUGGGAUCAAGAGAAGGAGCACCUUCGUACCUUUGAGCAACUUGUACCAAAAUAUCGAGCUCGACCAACAGCGCUGAUACCUUUCUGGAACAUAGCUGGUUUUAUUCUUGGAGCUAGUACAGCACUGCUUGGAAAGGAAAGUGCAAUGGCUUGUACUGUUGCUGUGGAAUCUGUUAUAACAGAGCACUACAAUGAUCAAAUAAGAGAGCUAAUAAAAGACGAUCCUACUGCAAAUCGUGAACUUCUUGAUGUACUAAAACGUUUUCGUGAUGAUGAACAGAACCACCAUGAUACAGGUCUAGACCAUGAUGCAGAGCAAGCACCUUUUUAUAAAGCCCUUUCUCAAAUGAUAAAGUUCGGCUGUAGGGGGGCCAUAUGGCUAGCAGAGAGGCUAUAGUUUUUCAACUACUACUGACUUAUAGUUGAAAUAACCUCGUCUUUCAGAGUGUAGAAGACUCGUGUGCCAGAUGAGUGUGACUGUUUUGAAUAAACCAUGAAAUUAAAGUAAAGCUUAUAAAACAAAUCUGAAAAUAUAAUUAUAUUCUUGUGAUAGCUAAUAGUUACUUUUAUAUGAAAGUAUAAAAUUUAAUCUCUAUGCAUACGUGAAACUAACUUUUUCACUGAAAUUGAAAUUUCACAUAGUGUUUGUUGUACAUUAAAUGACUAAGUUGGCUCUCUUCUGCAUCAUAAAAGAAAGUGCUCAGAAAUUCAGUGGAAAUAUUUUUUUAACGUUGGGAUGAUAGAUCUUUUAAUAUCGUCAUGUAGGCAACUCUGAUCCUGUAAAUUGAAGUGUAUUAUCAAUAAAAUUGUCUUAGAUACAAUAUCCUA